GGCUGUUGGACGUGGGGUGCAACACGUGGUGGAAGUUGAGAGCACUUUCAUUCUUCAUUUCCGUCCACACACAGCACAACAAAACAAGGCGCAAAACAACUCGCAACGAUGAUGCAAGUGUGUGCAACACGUGCUGCGGCGCUCAGUGCACGCAGCCCUGCCCUCCUCCUCUCUCGCUCCCUCGCCGUCAAGCCCUCUGUGGGCAACAUCAAGGAGCUGCGCAAGCGCACGGACCUGCCGAUGAAGCUGUGCCGCCAAGCGCUGGCAGAGAGCAGUGAUGACGUGAACGCCGCAAUGGAGUGGCUCAAGAACAAUGAGGAAGCCCGCGCACAAAUGGUCAAGGACAAGCUGGCUGGUCGCGCUGCUGCAGAGGGCCGUGUUGGCGUGCUCACGUCGCCAACAGCGGCCGCGCUCGUCAAGGUGAACUGCGAGACGGACUUUGUUGCACGAAACGAUGAGUUUGUGAGCAUGGUGGAUGAGAUUACGGAGAGCUGCAUGCGCAUGAUGCAGCAACGGGAUACAAGUACCGAGUUUGUCACCCUCACAGACGAGGAGCUUGCGUCUCUUCCCGUGGCAAGUGGUACGGCCAAGACGCUCAUCGAUGCUGCCCUCUCUACCCACGGCGAGAACCUUCAACUGAGCCAGGCGUGUGGUGUGCAUGCCCCUGAUACGUGCGUCCUCGGUUCCUAUUCCCACAACAACGGCUCCUACGCCGCCGUCAUCUGCCUGCAGGCUGAUGCACCCGUCUCCUCGCUUCCCCAGUCUGCCCAGGACGUGCUGAAGACGACAGCAGAUGCGCUGGCGAAGAACGUGGUUGCGGUCGAGCCCGAGGCGGAGGAGGGCCAGUCUGUGCUGGACGCGCUGCGUACGCAGGCGCUCGUGUUCUCUCCAGACCACACCGUGCGUGACGAGUUGGCGCGCGCCGGCAAGGAUGCCAGCACAACCCUCGAUGUCGUCUCCUUUGUUCGCUGGCAGAAGUAAACACGCCUGACACUA